AUGGGCCUGGCAGCCAAUGUGCAGCUCCAGAUCGACGUUGCUCUAUCCCUUAAAUCAUUGAACGUCAAACAGGGUAGCAGCAACUCCCAUCUUUUAACUUCUUUUGCUGGCUGUUCAUCUCCGCAUCUUGCCACACCAUUGGGGAACUACAGUGAUGGGGAUAAUGUAACUUUCUACUGCACAAACCAAACCACACAACCUCCACUAGAAACCGCCACAUGCCGCGAUGGAACAUGGGAACCUUCUUUUGAAUGCUUCGAAGAAGAACAAACUGACAUUGUCACUGAGUUUGUGAGCAUUGUUUCAGAUCAAACUAGUCAACCAACCAAAGAUUCAGUUCAUGGUACCAUCGGAGUUAUGAAAGCAGAAAGGGGGACAACUAUACCAAGUAACACAAAAGGUGAAUCAAGUCUAGAAACUGAAUUGAAUACUGGAUUUCAAACAUAUACUGUAACAGAAGUCCAUUCUCAAACGAGACCUUCCACAUCACCUACAACUAUCGUCACUGAUAUUGCCAGAUCAACUCAUAUUCAAGAAGUCUUAUCGACUGAAAUGGACUCGCAACAAAUAACCACACGUGAAUCAUUGGGAAUACAAGACACCGCACAUCCUACUGACGUUGUCACUAAGUUUGUGAGCAUUGUUUCAGAUCAAACUAGUCAACCAACCAAAGAUUCAUCAGUUGAUGGUACCAUCGGAGAUAAUAUAGGAGAAAGAGGGACAACUAUCCAAAGUAAAACAGAAAGCGAAUUAAGUCUUGGAACUGAUUGGGACACUGAAUAUCAAACAUAUACUGUAAUGGAAGUCCAAUCCCAAACACCAUCUUCCACAUCACCUACAUCAAAAAUCAUGUCCACUGCAACCGAUGGUGAUCUGAGGAGCACUGACCAAUCCCUAGAUCUUUUAUCUUCAUUUCUAAGAACAGAACAAGCUACUGAGAUGCUUAAUAGUGAGGAUGGUGUAAGAGCUAAUGCACAACAGGUAGCGACUGUACCACAAAUUACACUUAGAUCGGGACCUCAUACGACUUUAGCCACCGAAAAUUGUACUGGCGUCUCAACCCAUAUUCUGAUGUCGAGCAUAUCAGAUGAUUCAAGCUCGGUGGAUAUUAAAGUGACAGACGUAGAAUUUGAUGAAAAAACGGCUUUCAUUUCUGAAUUAACAACGGGAGUUUGGCCGGAACGGUCAUCAUCUAUACCAAUUGGAUCAAUACGAGGGACGACAGAUAUCGUCACAGAAAUUACAAGACGAACUUAUAUUCAAGAAUUCAUAUCGACUGAAAUGGACUCACAACAAAUAAAUACAGAUGAAGCACUGGGAAUACAAGACAUCACAGUUCCUACUGACGUUGUCACUGAGUUUGUGAGCAUUGUUUCAGAUCAAACUAGUCAACCGACCGAAGAUUCAGUUCAUGGUACCAUCGGAUAUAUUAAAGCAGAAAGGGGGACAACUAUCCAUAGUAAAACAGAAAGCAAAUUAAGUCUGGGAACUGAUUGGGAUACUGAAUAUCAAACAUAUACUGUAACAGACGUCCAAUCUCCAAAGUCAUCUUCCACAUCACCUAAAACCAUUGUCACUGAUGUUGCCAGAGCAACUCAUAUUCAAGAACUCUUAUCGACUGAAAUGGACUCGCAACAAACAACUACAGAUGAGGCAUUGGGAAUACAAGACAUCACUCUUCCUACUGACGUUGUCACUGAGGUUGUGAGCGUUGUUUCAGAUCAAACUAGUCAACCAACCAAAGAUUCAGUUGAUGGUACCAUCGGACAUAAUAUAGGGGAAAGGGGGACAACAAUUCAAAGUAAAACAGAAAGCAAAUUGAGUCUUGGAACUGAUUGGGACACUGAAUAUCAAACAUAUACUGUAACAGACGUCCAAUCUCCAAAGCCAUCUUCCACAUCACCUAAAACCAUUGUCACUGAUGUUGCCAGAGCAACUCAUAUUCAAGAACUCUUAUCGACUGAAAUGGACUCGCAACAAACAACUACAGAUGAGGCAUUGGGAAUACAAGACAUCAAUCUUCCUACUGACGUUGUCACUGAGUUUGUGAGCGCUGUUUCAGAUCAAACUAGUCAACCAACCAAAGAUUCACCAGUUGAUGGUACCAUCGGACAUAAUAUAGGGGAAAGGGGGACAACAAUUCAAAGUAAAACAGAAAGCGAAUUGAGUCUUGGAACUAAUUGGGACACUGAAUAUCAAACAUAUACUGUAACAGACGUCCAAUCUCCAAAGCCAUCUUCCACAUCACCUAAAACCGUUGUCAAUGAUAUUGCCAGACCAACUCAUAUUCAAGAACUCGUAUCGACUGAAAUGGACUCACAACAAAUAACUACAGAUGACGCAUUCGGAAUAAAAGACAUCACACUUCCUACUGACGUUGUCACUGAGUUUGUGAGCAUUGUUUUAGAUCAAACUAGUCAACCGACCAAAGAUUCACCAUUUGAUGGUACCAUCGGAGAUAGUAUAGCAGAAAAGGGGACAACUAUCCAUAGUAAAACAGAAAGCGAAUUAAGUCUAAGGACUGAUUGGGACACUGAAUAUCAAACAUAUACUGUAACAGACGUCCAAUCUCCAAAGCCAUCUUCCACAUUACCUAAAACCAUUGUCACUGAUGUUGCCAGAGCAACUCAUAUUCAAGAACUCUUAUCGACUGAAAUGGACUCGCAACAAAUAAAUACAGAUGAUGCAUUGGGAAUACAAGACAUCACAUUUCCUACUGACGUUGUCACUGAGUUUUUGAGCAUUGUUUUAGUUCAAACUAGUCAACCGACUAAAGAUUCACCAGUUGAUGGUACCAUCGGAGAUAAUAUAGGACAAAGUGGGACAACUAUCCAAAGUAAAACAGAAAGCGAAUUAAGUCUAGGGACUGAAUGGGACACUGAAUUGCAAACAUAUAGUGUAACAGACGUCCAAUCUCCAAAGCCAUCUUCCACAUCACCUAAAACCAUUGUCACUGAUGUUGCCAGAGCAACUCAUAUUCAAGAACUCUUAUCGACUGAAAUGGACUCGCAACAAACAACUACAGAUGAGGCAUUGGGAAUACAAGAAAUCACUCUUCCUACUGACGUUGUCACUGAGUUUGUGAGCGUUGUUUUAGAUCAAACUAGUCAACCAACCAAAGAUUCAGUUGAUGGUACCAUCAGAGAUAAUAUAGGGGAAAGGGGGACAACAAUUCAAAGUAAAACAGAAAGCGAAUUGAGUCUUGGAACUGAUUGGGACACUGAAUAUCAAACAUUUAUUGUAACGGAAGUCCAAUCCCUUACACCAUCUUCCACAUUACCUACAACUAAAAUUACGUCCACUGCAAUCGUUGGUGAUCCGAGGAGCACCGACCAAUCCCAAGAAGGGACAUCCCAAUUUCUAAGAACAGAACAAGCUACCACAAUAAUUCGUAGUGAGGAAUAUCAAAACACAAAGACAGAGAAAGCAACCACCCAGAAAGAUGAUACAGUAAGAACAGAAAUAGUCACAACCUUUGUAACUGGUUUUUCGACACAUAUUUUAUCUUCCAGUAGAUCUGAUAUCACAAUAAUAGGUGAUAUUGUAAAAAACACUGAAGUCGUCGACCCAACAACACCCCUUUCUAAAUCACCAACGCAGACUGGGAUGGAUAUGCCUUCCUCUACAAUAACCGGAAGAGUACAGGAAGCAACAGAUGUUGUCAUUGGCUCUGACGGACCAACCUAUAUAUCGACUGAAUUAGAUAUCCAGCAACGAACUACGGAUGGAUCAAUAAUAAUGCAAGGCACAAAACUUUCUGACAUUGUCACAGACUUAAUGACUACUAGAAUAACUUUUAAUGAUACGAGACAACAAGUAAAAGAAUCCAUCGAUAUGAUUACUGUCGGAGUGGAAACGGAAAUCCCAACUGAAAGCAUUUCAACUGCAAUCGACGGAUAUCCGAAGAGCACUGACCAAUCCUCUGAUAUGAAAUCUAGUUUUCUAGGAACAGAAACACCUGUAUCAAUGCCUACUACUAAGGGAAAACCUGGCGCUAAGACAGAGGGGAUAUUGACAGAAAUCUCCGAUACACCAACAUUGGAGGGAGAUGGAGACUUAACUACUGAAAUCAUAACAGGUAUCUCUACCCAGAUCAUCAUGACACGCGAAUCAGAUGGCUUAAAUCCAUGGGAUACAACAACGCCUUUGCCCUCCAAAUCAUCUACAAACACGGGUAUUGAUUUACCCACAUUUAAAUUCGAGUCGGUAGUUACGGAAAAGUCAGAUAUUGUCAGUGACAGUCUCGAAAUAACUGAAACGGAAAAAGAAAUUUCCCAAGAUAUGGACUUUGAAAGCACAGCCACAUACAAGCCAUUUGAGAUGACUGAUACAACAUACUCUACCCUCUCUAUCACACACGAUUUGGCUUCUAUUUUAGAGAGAACAGUAGGACAUACCAAGAAACAAUAUCCUGAACAUACCUUCCCAAUUGGAACGCCUACCGACAGAAGCGUAACAGAAGACGAGUGGUACACUGAAACCAUUACGUACAGUAUUGAAGGAAAAGAAUCGUCGAGGGACAUAGGCCAAACACCAGCUCCAACAGAGACAGACACAACUGUUGUAGCCACUGAUAAGCAGUUUAUACUCACUGCACAUGAUGAUUCGACGGCUUUAGAUAGAAAGGAUAGUAUCACAUUCACGCUAGAGACAGAUCAGACUACUUUAACUGGAAAAAUCAGAAGUGAAGACGCAGCUGAAGCAACAUCAUCGAUGGCGACAGAAGAUGUCACCGUCAUUGACUCAAUGGAUGCAAUAACAUCUGAUGUUUCUGAGUUUUCUGCACUCGUGGAUGAUGCAACAUCUGUGCGAAUAGUAACAGAUGAAGUCAGAACACCGACUUACAAAGAAUACGAUGACAUAGAAGUGACCUAUGAGCAGAAGUCGACUUCCGGAAUCACUGAACAUCAUCCAGAGACCACGGAUAUUUCCCAAAAGGGAACAGGAACUAUUGUUAUAUCAGAACUUGUGUCUAGCAUUUUAAGCGAGGCACCAAGCAUUUCGACAAAUGCUAGUAUGGUAAGUGAACGUAUGUUAAAAUCAACUCGCCCAACUUACGAUGUAACCACUAUUUCCGAGGAUGACUCUAGAACAGACAUUUUACUUACAGAAAGGGGUGAUACAGAGCCGAUAUCAAACGCCUCAACAAAUCUUAUUGAUUCAACAGUCACUAUUGAAUUUGAAACGGCUAUAGUGACCCUAGAAGACCCUGAUAUGCUACAGAAAGAAAUAUCAACAACAAGAAUGGUUCGUCAGUCAGACAGGGUAACCAAAAAAAUUGAUAGAAUUACGUCUCGGGAAGUAACCGCUAACGACCCUUUUAUUGUAUCGUCUGAGACAGUAGAAACAACAUUUGAAUUUGACACGACAUUCAAACCUGAAUUGGGUAGAACCGAUUUCAUGACUACCAUUGUUUAUCCACAAAGUCCCUCUACACUUGCCACAAUAGGGAAGGACACACCAGAAACAAUGAGUACAGAUCAAGCACCCGAAGGUCUUAUUUCAGACUUUGCCAGUUCAUAUAGUACGAUGUUUAAAACCAGACCACCGACUUCUGGUGAGAAUUUACAUUCAACUGCAGAAUUUGCAGAAGGAAAAACGACUCCAAUGUUUUCUCAAGCGGAAACCGUCGUCAUUAAAACCGAGCCCACCGAUCCAACACAACGAAGUUCAACAGAUCCAGUUACGCCACAGUCUCCAACUAUUUUUAGUCCGUCUGUUUCAGAUGAAUUAAUAUCUGUUACGUUAGACAUAACAGGGCACAUCAUCGACGAUUUAGGUGACGAAAUGACUACAGAAUCGUGGCAUGGCACUGGCAUUACUUUAGCGACACACACUGAUAAUCCAUUCUCCACAUUGCGAACAACUGAGGAAAAAACAGAUGGGAAAACGACUUCAGCACUUUCUGAAGCGGAAACUAUCGUCACCAAAACCGAAUCCACCGCUCCAACACAAGGAAGUACAGCUGUUUCAGUUACGCCACAGUCACCAACUAUUCUUAGUCUGUCUGUUUCAGAUGAAUUAAUAUCUGUUAGGCCUACAAUAGACACAGCUACAGGGGACAUCACAUACGAUAGUGGCGAGGACAUAACUAUAGAAUCUUGGCAUGGCAUUGAAAUUACCACAGCAGCACCCACGGAGAAUCCAUUCACCCUAACGGAAGGAAGAGCGAUUCCUUCAUUUUCUGAUGUAUCUGAUAUUAUAACCCGUAUUGUAAAAGAAGAAAUAACAGAAGGGGUGACAACCGUGAUUAUUUCAACUGAGGAUAUUAUGACAGCUUCUUCAAUUAACACAACGCCCACUAAUAUAAUGGCUCCUCUUACUACGACACCAACGAGAGCUGAAAUAUCUUCAUCUCAGGAAACUCCUGUUGUUCACACAUCCGAGGUCCGCACCGAUAAACCCAGCGGUGACGAGGAGGCAACAAGUACAUCCACACCAGAAGCUAGAACAUAUCCGAAUACAUUAUCCACUGAGGGUAUAACUGUUGCCCCAAUUACUCAAGAAAUACACACCGUGAGUGAAGAUACAGUAAAACCUCAAAGAAUUACCACAGUCGAAGCAAGCACAUAUGCAUCAACGACUGUAAUGUCUACAUCCUCCCCGAAAUUUCCAGCGACAACAAGACCCGUUUCAACAUCACCUGCCUUUGGAUUUUAUACAACCACACCGUCUGGAAGUACAACGGAAGCAGGCUUCAAAACCACCACGACUGCACCUUCAAGACUACCUUCCACUAGAGAUACUUCAUUUGCGCCAACUGAUCUGAAAUCCGAUUCACCCACAAUUACCAGAAAAUCUUGGUGUGAUGUGAAAUGCCAAGGAGCGAAUGAAAUUUGCAUAUAUUCUGAUGAAGGCUACUCCUGUAGAUGUAUUGAUGGCCAUGAACGGGUGGAUGACGUCUGCAGUGAGGUAUACACAUUCAAGGCUGACGUUAAGAUAGUCUUGAUUAAGGGAAGGGAGGCCAUAUUUACACCAGAACUAACCAUCUCAUCAUCGACUUACUUCAAGGAGCUCGAGACAGAAUUUUGUAAAGCGAUGGAACUUACGUAUAAAACAUACAUUGAAUAUACAUCGUCAUUCUACCAUUGUGACAUCAUUAACUUCCGACCCGGAAGUAUAAUCGUGGAAUAUAUGGUUAGCUUUACGUCACCUUCCGUCAACGAGGCAAUGCUUAUGAACGAGACAUUGGUUUACUUGGUAAAUAAUAACGGGACAUUUCCUCGAGAGAUAAGUCUUGCAUCAUCUAUCGUAGAAUAUGGACCCGCCAAUGAAUGUCUCCUUAACUUAUCCGACUGUGAUCCAGCAGCCAAAUGCAUCGAUAGAGGAUCAGCAAAAUUUACCUGUAGAUGUUCUUCUGGCUACGAUGACCUCUAUGAGAAACAGCUUCCGGGUCGCUAUUGCAGUGUUACGCAUCUUCCACCAUAUAUGCUUGCAACUUGGGUCAAAGUCGUUAUCAUCCUUGGAACCAUCGUCAUCAUCAUCUUCAUCGUUCUCCUCGCCCUAUGCACGAUGGGGAGAAGGAUGAGAGGAAGGCGAUCUGAAGAUUACACCGCUGGACACUCAGAGGCGGGGUCUACCACGUUGCUAGGAUACGGUUAUCGCAAGACGAACGACGUGGAAGGUAUUUCUUACAUUAGUCGUCAUAGCACCCUGGAGAAAAGAGAAGCAUCUUUGGUUGAGGUCCAUCAUGAAGAAGAAAUGACCGAAUCUCCUCGAUCUCAAACGGACUCUGGGGUCAUUCGGACGGGUAUCCGGCCGUAUGAAUGCGAGGAGGUUCUCGUAUCGAAGGAGAUGGACACAGAAUUGCAAGCGAGGAUGGACAAUAUUGGUCGAUUUCUGAAACACUCUGCUCCAUUGAAUGAUUCACUUGGCGCCAGAAUUGAUUAUUCGCUAAUGUAUAUUCCCGAAGCUCCGACGAUUCCCUUAAACCAAAGAAGGCGAUCUGCAGAACAGCCAACAGAAGAAUUUCUGGACUCAUUACCGCAGACGUAUCUUUGAAGGGGACACGAUUCACCCAGUGAAUGUACCCAGGAUACCGCUUGUGGAAUAACGGAUUAAAAUUUCGUUGCAAUCUGAAAGUAUUUCACCCAGAUCAUGUUACCGGAUCAUACGGCAUGUUACAGCGUCGGAUGUUCGUACGCCAAUAAGGAGAUUUCGCAUUUACUACGGAGACACUCUCUACAACCCAUCGAUUCCUUUGACAAUGCACUUUAAAUUACAAUGGAAAGCUGACAGGCUUUUGUCGAAAGUUGGUAGAUAGGGGCAGCAGAUCAUCCGAAGAUUCGCACCAGACCAAAAAUUGCAAAUAUUUCGUCCAAAGUCAAGAGAUUUCGAUGCACUGGUCCACCAACUUUCGACAAAAACCUCUCAGCGCUCCAUUGUGAUUU